AUGCUAUUAGAGCAUCGAAAAGCACAAAAUGAGGCUGAUGAAUUGGAUGAAGAUCAAGAAAUGUCUGAAGUAUUUCAAAAAACGCUGAGCCAUACCAAGAGAUUUAGUAAAUUUAAGAAUAAGGAGACGAUAGCUGCUGUCAGAAGCCUUUUAAACAAGCACAACUUUCACAAGUUUGAGUUGGCCAGUCUUGCUAAUUUAUGUCCGGAAACCAGCGAUGAAGCUAAAUCUUUGAUGCCAAGCCUAAAUGGAAAAUACGAUGACGAAGAAAUGCAACAGAUAUUAGAUGAUAUCAAACAGCACAUUGGUAUUCAAAACUGA